AUGCGGAUCCUGCAUUCAAAAGCCACCACGGACCCGAUUCUAUUGGUAUCAGCAUGCCACAAUAUGAAUCUUUUUGCCGUAGUCACAGCCUCUACAGUGACUGUUUACCGUUCCACUACUCUUACCGUCGUUACCACUCUUCCACUAGGUACGGGAUACGUUAAUCAAGUCAUCACAUCUUCCGACGAACUCCGGCGCGCACAGGAAGCGAUGAAUGGAAAAAUGGUGAACAUGGAAACAGCUGGGGGUGCUUCUGGACCUUCGAUGAACAUCCCUCCUGACAACAUGUACAAACCAAACCUGGCGCUUUACGUUACGGAAGGCAUGGCGGCCUGGUCUCCAUCUGGAAGGCUUUUUACAUUUGCCCUUCCUUGUGGUGUGGUGCUAUUGCUGGAUGUCGAAAGCAGUGAUCUGGUGCGUAUUCUCAUCCCGAAGCCGUGCCCAAAAGCCUUACCUCGUAAGAGAUCCACUGACAGCACACCCCCCUCUUCCUCAGGGAUUCACCACGGUCACUUUAACGUCGAAGGACGAGGUCGAAACGCGCUCCCGGAGACUUUGAGGGCGGGGGACCCCACCACUCAAUCCUUCACAGUGUUCGCUCAGGUUGAGGAUGGACCGAAAGAGCUUCUGGAAGGGGGGAAUCCAACAGGGGAAGGGGGCCUUCAUGCGUCCAGCAACCCCGCCGUUAUUUCGCUUUCCACCACGGUCGGGCCGGUUGCCGCGCUCGCCUGGGUGACGGUACCGUAUUCCCAGCACAGCCCGCGUAACCUCUCCUUCUACACCACCGGGAUCUACUCCGAGUGCCUUCCUUUGCAGCCGGAUCUCUCCUCCUCGUUACUGGCGGAAGUGGAAAGCUCGGGCCUGCAAAAGGGAGAUCCCAUCGCGUGCAACGAUGCCCAGCGUGCGGUGGCUAUUUUAAUGAUCCUGGAUAUGACUGGCGUCCUUAGUUUCGUAUUGGGAGGGCUGCAAGAGGUUCGGUUUAUGACGAUUCGCAUACCGCACCCCCCGGGUGGUGCAAUCUGCGUAGAGAAGCUUAUUACGGUGCCUGUGUGGGAAGCCCAGCCACGGUGGACGCAACCCGAAGCUGAUCUACAGCGAGAGGAGGAUGGAAGGGGAAUGGAAACACAACCGGCGCGGCGAAUCGCUCCUGCCGCGGGGGAUUCCUUCUUUUUCGGUCUCACCGCAGACUCUCUACACCUGCUUUCCAAACAGCUUGAGCCGUAUCGUGGUAAGAAUCGUGCGGAGGAGGCUCAUAAGGUCUUUGAGCGGUGGGCGCACCGAGCCGUGCGUUGCUCGCAUCGAGCGUACCUCGUCGUGAAACCCACGAGUACGCCUGCUUCGGACACCGCCGGUGCUUGCCGCGAGCUUUUUGAACUCGAUCUGGGUUUUCAACUCACGAGAAUUGUCGAUACGCGGGCUGCGACGAUAUGCUACAUUGCGGAGUACUGCCGAAUGGCUCAAGCCUGCAUGCACGAUCAGCAACAGCUUUGGCGUGAUGUGCUUGAAAACAGCACCCGAAAGCAUCUAAAGCUUCCAUCGAAGGCGGUUUUGCUGCGUGAUACCGUUGUGGAGCGUAUCGCGCAGCCGAAUCAGGCAGAUCUUUUAUCAUAUUAUGAGAUGAUCGACAAGUUUGCGCUCGUCGAAGAUCUGGAAAAACUUUCCAAGACGUUGCAUCGUGUGGUCAAGGCGGUGGAUCAGACGUGUUACCGCUGCUACGACGCAUCCAUAAGCCUCUUGAAUACUUUCUACGAUUGCAACACCGCUAUGGCGGGGCACUUCAACGACAGACCUCCGGAGCUUCUAGGAGGGGGAGGUCUUCCCACCCCAUCACCGUUAUCCAUGCGUGAACUUAGUGCGGAGCUGAUGAACAUCAUCGGGGAGCUUCGCCGGUGCGCCGAAACGUUCCUGCACUGCGUUCAGCUCGGGGUGAGCUACGAGGUGGAUCUUGUUCACUACGUGCUCCAUCGUUCUUCUCUUCUGCUCGUCCCCUCCGCGGCGUCGGCCGCGAAGGAGCGGCCAAAUGACUUUUCAACCUCACCCAUGGCCAAUUCGAAAGGAAAGGCAACGCUGGCGAAUCUCACGGUCGAACCACUUAGCGUGGAGCGGCAUCCCACGUUACUUCGGACGCUGGAGCGGAUUCAUCGCAUGAGGAGCACCGUUUUCCCACAAUACCCCACCGCGUGUGAGGUCGAUGAGGAUUUUCUCAAGUGGAAUCGGCGGUUGGAGAGGUUAUUUCAGUGCGCGCUUAGCCGGAGUGAAGGGGGGGAUGGGCAUAAAGCUUAUCCUCACGAGGAUCCUGUCGUCGCGCAACGCAUGGAGGGGAUUGCCCACGAUAGGGCGUGUGGGGCGCGAUUGGUGGACGUUAGUGAGCCUCGCGUGGAAGGUCCCCACAAGGCGCCGACGGCGGCGGAUUCGCACCGUGAGGAAACGAAGGAGUCGCCGGAUGUGAAGGCGCAUUUGACGGUGAAGGUGGUGGAGGUGCCGCGAUCCACCCCGAAAAGAGCACAGGCGACGUGCCCCGAGCUCUAUAGCGGGGAGCUUUCGGCUAUCCACCCCUCGACGAUUUGUCGAAUGUCAUCUUUCACGCCUUCCGCGAGCGCGGUUUCGCUGUGUGCUCCUUCUAUAAGCCUCCCCAAACUGUCGUCUGCUACCCUGGCUCCUGUCUGGUAUGGUUACCUGCGGGAGGGUCGGCAUCUGUGUGUGUAUCUCCCGACCGACGCGCAUGGGGAAACAAACCGUAGCUCGCCUGGAUUUUCCGAGCAAGAGGACUCCAGCGACGUUCUGGUGGUGGCCUUCAAUGAUAAUGCGGGCAAUCUUGUAAGUCAGGAAGCGGAAGAAGAAAGGGAGGGGUCCGUUCAGGAAUGGGAAGUGGGUGAGAGCGGCGCGAAUCAACCCAACGAAUCGAGCGCGCGGGUAGAGAUCAGUGGGAUGCCCAUUAGUGCGGCCACCAUACGGGCUACCAUGAGCCGUGCAAGGGAAUUCUUCGUGGUGGCCGCGAAUAACCGAUUCGUUGUGCUCGAUUUAUACGAUGACUAG